AAACAAAUCAGUGGGUGGAGACUGGAGAACACGGGUGGUGUUGGUGUGUCAGUCUGCCAAAGGAAGUGAGAGAGGUGGGUGAAGCUGCAGCGCGCUCCUCCUGCCUCACUAAACCCUAGUAACUGGACCUAAAUUACUGUCUGCUGCUACACUUGAACUACUGAAAACACUUAAAAUGUACUCUACCAUGGUGAUCCUCAAAGCGCUCAGAAUGUAUCAUUUGAAACUGUGAUUUUCGAAGUAUUUGUAAUGUACUCUGGAAUCGUGAACAAAUAUUUGAUAAUAUAUAUACACAGAAGAUACCUAAGGGUCAGGUCCCCAGUUUAGACACUGACAUUACCACUUGCAGGAGUGAGAGAUACUGGAGGAAGUGUAGAGUAAAUGUUGAAAAGUAGGGGCGCCAUAGACAUGUUUAGAGAACACUCGACAUUCGUAGCCCAAGACGCAACCUGUUUCCAGCAGAUAUGAGAAGUUUAGGUGGAACAAAUAUAGUUUUCAAGAGGAAACUGGAACAGCAAGUACCAGAUCAAUAAGGUUGUGAUGGUUGUUUAGGUCUGCAGGCAGAAACAGCCUGAUUGCUCGAAACAGAAGUUAGUCUCACCCAGACUGCAAUGAUAAUAGAUCUUUUGAACCUCUCGAACACAGGUGUUUUUUUUUAAAUGCCAGCAAAUUAACAUUGGACUUAGUUCAGCACUUAUUAUGGAACAAGAAUUAAUGAAAUAUUAGUUUAAUAAACAAUCUGCUUGAAAUAAACAAUCUGCGUUGAAAUAUUCAUAUUGAGAAUUCCUUUUUUACAAAUAACUUUUAAAAACAAUAAUAUAUCUGCAUAUUUGUAAAGCAGUUUAUAAGAUUAUUGCCACAUCAAACUACUGCCUCGUUAAUUGUUGAAAAUAAUGAACCUGGUUAAGAAAAAGAACUCUACAUCUACUCUGAAGUUGUAGAUAGUGAUGAUAGUUCAUGUACGACCACUGUUGGACUAAUUUAUGCUUCGUUGUUGUUGUUUCAAGCAUAACAAUUUUGUCGAAGUAUACAAAUACCAAAAGACAGUAGAAAAUCUACGCUAAUAGGAGGAUACGUCUAAUGCAAAUUUCCUGGAAGUCACUAAGCAUUAUAGAAAUAGAAACAUUAUCUAGAAAUUGUAUAUCGAGUGAGUUUAAGCAAGAAAACAAUAUCUGGAAAGUUUAGUGUGAGUGUGAAUUACGAGAAGAUCAUUACUUGAAUACAAGACGUCAGCUGUAGUCUACGGAUCUUGUUAUCUGCUAGUCGCCAUGCCCGCUAGAUAUUACCAAGACGACGUUGGUGUGAUGGCUACAGUAGGUGCUCAGUACCACAACACUAACAUGGCAGGUGGCAACGGUGUGUCUCGUCUUGCCAUGAUGCAGGCGCGACUGCGGGAGCAGCUGAUGGUGGAGAAGGAGUCUCGGCUGCUGCAGAUGGCGGCCAGGCACGAGGCCGAGAGGGAGGGCACCAUCCAGCGGAUCACAAAGUCCUCAGCCUCAACCCUCUCCUCCUCAUUAUCCUCCCUCUCUUCCCUCAACUCCUCCGGCGGUCAGGGACGCGUCAGGAAGCUCUUCCAAGAGAGAAGAAGUAAUGGCUACGGUCAGAGCCCCGUUGGGAGGGACAAGAGCUACCCUCUGGAGCCUGUUAGAGGUGGUAGUACUGGAGUUGGUCGACCGCCGGCGAAACCUGUUAAGGGGAUAGUUCGAACUCGCGGUGUGAGUGUGGACCGAGGACAGUUUAGCUAUGACCCCGAAGUGAUGAAACGUUCAAAAAGCCAUGCUGCUCUUCAACAAAAUGGCCCCAAUAACAAUGAACCUCGCUCCCCACCACCCAGAGGUCUCCGCCCUCCACAGACCCGCCCUCCUGCUCACCACAAGUCCACUUCUUCCCUCCUGGAUGCCAACCAAAACUACAACGGGCGAGGCAGUACUGGCAGCAGUGGAGGCUACAGCAGAGACCCAUCACCUGCCCCCUCCCCUUCACCCUCCAACGCUAAUCGCUUUGGCUUCCGCGGGACUCCCCCAAGGGGAGUAUCGCCAGCUCCUCCUUCAGUUAAUGGGUCCUCCCCAGUCAGAAGAGCGGCCCCUCCGGGCCCUCGCAGGACUAACGCUUUAAACAGACAGCAAGACGAGGUUGACGGAGGGUUCUCCCCACCGCCCCUCAGCCAACCCCGACAACGACCCGCACUACCUGCUCGGAAGCCGCCUGUGAGACAACAACGACCUCCUCCCUUUCAGCGAAGACCGCAGCCGCAGCAGCUACCCAAUGAGGCCCCAGACGACACUUCCAUGCUCAGUCCUAGACCUCCUGAUAGUCCGAGCAAACCGAAAGUGCGAGGAGUUCCACCUGCCAAGACCAAGCCAAAACCUCCACCCAAACCCAAGAAUGCACCAGCUCCCACUCCACGACCAUCGAAACCGCCUCCAGGGUUAGAGAGUUGCAAAAUUUGUGGUCGUAACUUUGCCCCUGAUCGAUUAGAAAAGCAUGAAACUAUUUGUGCUAAGUCUCAUGCGAAAGACAAAAAACGAAAGGUAUUUGAUCCUGUUAAAAUGAGGACAAAGGGAACAGAAGCCGAGAAGUACAUAGCUAAGGGCAAACACUUGGAAGCACCGCCUAAGCCCAAGAAAAAAGAUUGGAAAAAGCAGCACGAAGACUUCAUAGCAACAAUUCGUGCAGCAAAAUCCGGCACUGAACCUCCACCUAUUGAUAAUUCAGAUUAUGUUACUUGUCCACACUGUGGACGCAAAUUUGCAGAAGCAUCAGCUGAGAGGCACAUUCCUAAAUGUGCGUCAAUUCAGAGUAACAAGCCUCGAAAAAGGUAAAUGAAGUAGACUGUACAUUAGUUAGUCCAAAAGUUUCCCAAUCUGGUUGACAUAAACAUAAAAUAUGAAACCAAAAUAAAGUAAUACUUAGUAGGAAAAAAUGUCAUUUUGAAAAGUUCUUUAUUAAAGAUCAAAUACAGAAGUGAUAUAGCUACAAUAUGGAGAAAUAAAUACUUAUUGACUCUCCCCAAAUCCUAUGUUUUAGUCAGGAUUUCAUUUUAUGUAAUUAGAAUUGUUGCAUACAUUUAUUAUUUUAAGUGAUAUAAAUACAGUAUACAGUGAGAAUUUGUGGCUCAGAAUUGAACAGCCAAAGCUACAUUUUUAAUUUUGCUUCUAUGAUUGCUUUAAUCCUUGCAUAACUGCCUUGAUAAUUAUGUACAUGUAUGGCAACAGUAGAUCAAGCAUAUUAUAACAUUGUAUUUUAAGUACCUAUAUAUAAUCACAGAAUGUGUUUUUGGUAUAACAAAUUGAAGAAUGUUUAAUUAUAAUAAUCAUAGGGGAGUGCUAAACCCAUAGGAUUAUACAACAGGGAAUGACUAGUGUAGCAUUUCUUAAAUGACAAGAUUUUUUAAGGUUGCAUAAAAGCUGUCAUAAUUUGAGUCAGAUAUACAGGUAAGGUGAGGGGUUUUUCAGUAGAAAGUUGCAUUUUGUAACUUAGCAUAUGCCACUUAAUUGAUUUGAGCUUUCUGAAUAACAUUAUAUAUUAGAAAUAUUGGUUGAGAAAUUUAACCAUUAUAUAGAGGCAAGAUUUCAAACAAAAUAAAAAAAAAGGGGGCAAUUUGCAUAGAUAUAAUUUAUAACCCAGGUUGGUAAGAUGAAAUAUAACUUUGUAGUGUAUCACAUGAACUUUUGCAUUGUAGCUAGAUUAUUUUA